CAAAAAUCGAUCAACAAGUGACAACACUCACAUCACUUCAUCUUUUUGAAUUUCCUUCACUUAUUUUUCGUAACAAUCGAGUAAGUUAAUUACACUAGCAGCAAAUAAUCAGCAGCAUGUUACAAAAUAUCCGCUUGCAUCCCAUUGCGUCUUUGCUCAAAAGAACGCUCUCCACAACGGCGGCAUGUAGCAAAUCUCAGUCCGGGCGGUACAAGAUCACACCGAAAGGCGACCGACCGCUAACGUACGAAAUGGCCAAUCCACCCCAUCAAAUAGCCCACCGCAAAGCGUGGAACUCGUGGAACACCUCCAACCUCGAGGGAGAGCAGCGCGCCUCGCAAACCAUGCUAGAGGACGAAUUCGUGCGUCGCUUCAUGACCGGCACCUGGCACGGGCUGGUACUGUCGGAGGUGAUCAUCAAGCGGCAGCACAACCACAUCCGGAUAGCGGCCAUCAUACGGCGCGGAAUCACGCCCCGAAAGAUGUACUUUUUGAUCGGCUACUGCGAGGAACUGCUCGCCUACUGGCUCCAGUGCCCGGUGACACUCGAGCUGCAAACAACCGAGGACAGGAAAGAUGUGAUCUUCAAGUAUAUCUAGAAGCGGUUGUUGCAAAAAAUUAGGCAAUUACAUAGUAAUAAAUGGUAAAAUUCUUCAAAAAUCA